AAUCCUUAACGUAUAUUAGUCAUGAUCAGUAGAGCUUUAGGGCCUGAAUUUGGUGGCAGCAUUGGAACUUUGUUCUUCUUAGCAAACAUAUUUUCCAGUGCUUUGUAUAUAACUGGAUGUGUGGAAGGAUUAGUUGACAGUUUUGGACCAUCUGGGAGCUUGGAAUCUAUUUUACCAGGAGGGCCCUGGUACAAUUUCCUCUUUGGAUCUGUUUUGAAUUUCUUCAAUUGUAUUGUAUGUCUCGUUGGAGCAUCAAUGUUUGCUCGUACUUCAGUUAUUAUAUUCAUAAUUGUUCUUACAAGUACUGCAUCUGUUGUGAUAAGUUUUAUGGCUGUCACUCCAUUCUUUGUUUCUCUUCCUGCUGAAAAUCAUGUAGUAAAUGUAAGUGUAGCAGAAUAUACAGGAUUCAGCUGGCAUACUUUCACAAAUAAUAUCUGGGCAAAUUAUGGAGAGGACUAUACAACCAGCAAAAUGACUACUUUUGCGACUGUUUUUGCAGUUAUGUUUAGUGGUGUAACUGGAAUCAUGGCAGGGGCCAAUAUGUCUGGAGACUUGAAAGAUCCUGGCAGAGCUAUCCCUAAAGGAACUCUCACUGCUAUGUCUUUCACAUUUGUUACAUACACUUUAUUAUUCUUCCUUACUGCCGCAUCUUGUUCAAGCCUUCUGUUAAAGAAUAAUUAUCUCUAUAUGCAGUAUAUAAAUCUUUAUCCUCCUCUUGUGUCAGUUGGUCUGUUUUGUGCUACUUUAUCAGCAGCUUUGAGUAAUCUCAUUGGUUCAUCCAGAGUCUUGGAAGCAUUGGCCAAAGAUGAAAUAUUUGGGCCUCUUUUGAUACCAGUAGUGAAAUUGACACAUGGAAACAAUCCUAUUGGAGCUGUAAUUAUAGCUUGGUUUUUAGUUCAGUUGAUUCUUCUGAUUGGAUCAUUGAAUACCAUUGCCCAGAUAACAUCUGUAUUCUUUUUGCUGUCCUAUUUCUCUACUAAUUUAGCUUGUUUAGGCCUUGAAGUAGCGUCUGCUCCUAAUUUCAGGCCUUCAUUUAAAUACUUUUCUUGGCACACUGCAAUGAUUGGUAUUCUCGGCUGCAUUUCCAUGAUGUUUGUAAUAAGUCCCCUUUAUGCUGCUAUCUCCAUAAUAAUGUGCUUGCUGCUAGUUAUAAUUCUUCAUUUGAGAUCAUUGCCUGUCCGAUGGGGAUCUAUUAGCCAAGCUUUGAUAUUUCACCAGGUCCGCAAGUACUUACUCCUACUGGAUAGCAGAAAGGAUCAUGUCAAGUUUUGGCGGCCUCAAUUUCUCCUUUUGGUUGCUAAUCCUCGAUCCUGUCUCCCUUUAAUAAGAUUCGCCAACGAUCUGAAAAAGAGUGGCUUGUAUGUUAUUGGGCAUGUUAAACUGGGACGAAUUGGAGAAAAUGAGCUUUCGGACCCUGUUGCUGAAGAGUAUCCUUUGUGGCUUACUUUACUUGAUAAAUUAAAGAUUAAAGCUUUUGUAGAAGUUACUUUAUCCCCAACUGUAAGAGAAGGUUUUCAUCAUCUGGCUCGUAUUUCUGGCCUUGGAGCAAUGAAACCAAACACUGUCCUCCUUGGUUUUUAUGAUGACAUUGAACCUGAAGAUUUUUUCGAAAGAGAAUCCGCAUUUAUUGACAUCCAAAGAGUAAUUUUGAAAGACCAGGUAUUUUUGGAGCUAAGAGACCAACCUGGCAAUAGGUCACUAUCUAUGGAAGAAUAUGUGCAGAUUAUUUGGGAUGGUAUUUUCUGCUUACAGAAAAAUGUUUGCCUCGCCAGGCAUUUUCACAAACUAGACAAAAAAGCUUUAAACAGAAAAGGUCACAAAAAAUAUAUUGAUUUAUGGCCUAUUAAUUUUUUUAACCCAAGGUCUAUUCAUUGCAUUGAUAACUGCUGGCAGUUCAUAAUGCAACUGGCGUGCAUCUUGAAUAUGGUAUCUGGAUGGAAGUCUUCCGCAGUCAUUAGAGUAUUUAUGUGCACUAGUGCGCAUUCUGAGAACUCCAGCUUUCAUCAACAGCAGUGGGAAAACAUGUUAAGGCUGUUAAGAGUCAAUGCAAAUAUCAGCAUAAUUUUGUGGGAUCACGUUACAGCUCUGCUCGAUAACUUUGACAAAUCUGAGUCGAACCAAAUCAAUAUGAGUUACAUCUCUGGUGUAAAUGCCCUGAUUAGGCAGCAAAGUUCUCAGACUUCUGUAUUGUUUAUAUAUUUACCACCUCCACCACAGUCAUCAAAACUGCAGUUGAAUUAUCUUCAGCACUUGGAUGCCCUGACUGUCAAUUUGCCUCCCACACUGUUAGUCCACGGAAUAAACCCUGUGACCUCUACUGCUUUAUGAGCUUGUACUACAUAUUUAAUCAUUAGUGUAUCUAUUUGUCCAUUUUUAGAGAAGUUUGUAUUUAUUCUUUAAGUUAAUCUUAAAAAUGUCUUUAACCGAAGUUCUAAAAGAAUAUUUAUUUUAUCUUGAUUAGUUUUUUUGAUAGGUUCAUCAUUUAAAUUUUAAAAGUUCAGUUCUCUGAUUUGUAUAAAUUUUGAAGAUUUCUCCCAAAAAAUGAAUUUGUAGUAAGAAAAGUGUUUGGUGUUAAUGUUUUUAAAUAAUUUAAUUCUGAGUUAAAAAUGAAAUUAUUUUUUUGUGGUGUGAAAUCCCGUGUUUCAAUGUAUAGUUGUGGUGGAUUCACAAUUUUAAGGUUUCCAGUGUUUUUAGCUAGUUUUUAAAUUUAAAUCUAUUGAUUUCAGCCUAUUUUAUAUUUUCCAUGUCUUAUUUUUGAGAAUGUGAACUGUAAACUUUCAUUAUUUUUUGUGUCUUUAUAUUUAUUUCUUUAUACAUAUUUAUUUCUAAUACAUAUAAUGUAUCUUUCAUUGCUGCUUUAAUAAACUAGUUCCUUUUUAAUUGUUGUGGCUAUAGUGCAAAACUUAAGACUUAUUUCAAUAUUUUGUCGAUUAUUAAAGUUUUACGAAGCUAGAAUUCAAUAAUUUCAACUCUUAUUGUUAUAAAAAAAAUUUAAAUGAUUUAGGUUGCAAAAUUAGUUUAAGUAAUUUUCAACAGCUAUUUCUUCCAUUUAUCGAAAACAUAAUAAAAAAUGCCUUAAGUUGCAAGUUUAUAUUCAAAAAAUUUUAAAGGUUAAUAUUUUGGUCACUUCUCAAAUAAAAUUUUCUGCACUUAGUCACCCUAGUCAAUUCAAACUGUAUUACUUUUUGUGAUAAUUUUUUUAUCUGUUAUGUUUUGUUGGGGCUUCCAAACAAACUGUUAUUCCUACUUCACAAUUCUUAAAUGUUAUUGUGCUUGUGAUUUACUGUUGCAUUAAAUUUUUAAUGAUAAUUUGUGUUGGAAAAAUCUUGUUUUUUUUCCAAUUUUUUAACGUUUUGAAAUUUUUGUAGUUCAAAACCUAUUAAUGUAUUAGUUUAUAUAUAUAAAUAUUUGCUUUUAUUGAAUAAAAAAUUUCUAAUCUGAA